GCUUUCCGCACCCCGUGCUCCUCUCCCAGGAAGAGGCAGGAGGGAGGACGCGGUCCAAAGCCGAGUCCAGCAAAUCUGUCAACUCGGUGUGACCAUCCCGGGCGAGACGACCCGGACCCCGCCACCCUCGCGCGGGGCCAGGCACCGCGUUCACCUGCCUGUCCGCGUUGUUUGCACUCUGCACCCCAACUCAGCCUGAUUCCCCCAGCCCCACAACACGCCAGAUCCCAGUGCCCCGCGCAGGUGGCGCAAACGCCCCUGUUCUCCGGCGCCCCCUGCCGGGGAGAGGGACCGUGGCCGCGAAGGAGCCGGGUGCAGGGCGGGGAGAGGACUCGGGCACCGGGAAGGAGCCGGGAGCGUCCCUGAUGGUGCCGCCACCUCCGAGCCGGGGAGGAGCGUCGAGCGGGCAGCUGGGCAAGAGCCUGGGUCCGCUGCUGCUGCUCCUGGCGCUGGGACACACGUGGAGCUACCGAGAGAAGCCCGAGGACAGCGACAGAGAAGUCUGCUCAGAAAACAGAAUCGCCACGACCAAGUACCCGUGUCUGAAGGCUUCGGGCGAGCUCACCACGUGUUUCAGGAAAAAGUGCUGCAAAGGGUACAAGUUUGUUCUUGGACAGUGCAUCCCGGAAGAUUAUGAUGUUUGUGCCGAGGCCCCCUGUGAACAGCAGUGCACAGACAACUUCGGCCGUGUGCUAUGUACUUGUUACCCGGGAUACCGGUAUGACCGGGAGAGACACCGGAAGCGGGAGAAGCCCUACUGCCUGGAUAUCGACGAGUGUACCACCAGCAACGAGACACUGUGUGCACACAUCUGUGUCAACACCUUGGGCAGCUACCGCUGUGAAUGCCGGGAGGGCUACAUCCAGGAAGACGACGGGCGGACGUGCACCAAGGGAGACAAAUACCCCAAUGACACUGGGCACGAUGAGAAGUCCGAGAACACGGUGAGAGAGGGAGCUUGCUGUGCCACGUGCAAGGAGUUCCACCAGAUGAAGCAGACAGUGCUCCAGCUGAAGCAAAAGGUUGCCCUGCUCCCAAACAGUGCUGCUGACCUGGACAAGUACAUCACUGGGGACAAAGUGCUGGCCUCAAACGCCUACCUUCCAGGACCUCCUGGGCUGCCUGGGGGCCAGGGCCCUCCCGGCUCGCCAGGACCAAAAGGCAGCCCCGGCUUCCCGGGUGUGCCAGGCCCUCCUGGGCAGCCCGGCCCACGUGGCUCAAUGGGACCCAUGGGACCAUCUCCUGAUCUGUCCCACAUUAAGCAAGGCCGGAGGGGCCCGGUGGGUCCACCAGGUGCUCCAGGAAGAGAUGGUUCUAAGGGAGAGAGGGGAGCACCUGGACCCAGAGGGUCUCCGGGCCCCCCUGGUUCUUUCGACUUCCUGCUACUUAUGCUGGCCGACAUCCGCAAUGACAUCGCUGAGCUACAGGAAAAGGUGUUCGGGCAGCGGACUCACUCGUCAGCAGAGGAGUUCCCUUUACCUCAGGAAUUUUCCAGCCAUCCGGAAACCAUGGACUUUGGUUCUGGAGACGACUACCCGAAAAGAGCCGAGACGACAGACUUGGUAGCCCCCAGAGACUUUUAUCCUUAGUGCAUCCCAAUAUCUUCAUGCCAAAGGAGGAGAAGAGGUUUUACACCUGCAGUCAAAUCAUCUAAAGGAAAAAAAAAAAAACACCACUGGAGACCUAAAAAAGAUACAGUUUUAUUUUUUUCUAUUCUUUUCUUACCUUCUGCCUACUCUUCCAAAUACAAUUUUCAGAGCCUCUCCCCCCACCCCCCAGCUGUACUAGAGACAUGGGGGAGUCAAUGAUUGAUGUACACAUUUCCUUCUGACAGCAAUCGGGGUGGUCUGCAUUGGAGCUGCUCUUUUUCUGUUUUUUCCAGGAACUUCUGGAUAUCUGAGUUAAGUACUAUGACAGAAUCUUACAUUUAACCAAAUAAAAGGGCAUAGUGGCAAGGUGAGCUCAAAGAAAUGUAAGGUCACUUACAAAAAAAAAUAGGUAUGUGUCCAAAGGAGACUGUUACGCCUCAGUAUUAGGCCUCUUCUAUUAGAGACAACAAUGUAUGUAUUCACUUUGGUGGAUAAUUCUUUCUCCUUGUUGAUGUAAUAGAUUUUAAAUAUUCUAGGCUCCUGUCCAACCUUGUUCCUCAAUUUUGAUAAAAGAAAGAGAAUUAAGAAGGAGCAGAGAUGAGGAAAGACAGAGAAAAAUUACAGUCAUAUAUUUACUCUCGUAUAGGUUGCCACGUUCUAAAUUCAAAUAUGACUAUUCAGGGUUCACGCCACACUUAAUAAGUAUCCUACUCAGAAAAGAAAGUGACUCUAGCUGUAGGAAUAACUCCUCUUUUCAAAACAAAGUAAGUGAAUGAAGAAGUGACAUGACUCACGUUAGAACAAUGGGCCCCGGGUUUGCCAGAACACUUUAAGGCCAUUUGAUCGAAUGAAAGCGCUUGCUCAGUAAAUCACGGGUUGCUUAUUAAAUAAGGUGGCUGGCCCUUCGAGCUGUGGUAUUCCCAGACGCUGACCGGGUGCCCAGAGGUGCCAGCAGGCCGUGGUCCAGGUUGAAUCAAUGCUCAGUGGGGCUGGAGGCUGGCAGCAGGUGGCUGGCGUGGGUUGUUGGUGAGGGGGAAGGGGACUCGCAGGCAGGGACCCCACUGAUCAGGAGAGACAGGUACAUUUGCUCUCCUCGGGAAUUACAGGUCCCGUCUGGGGCCAGCCAAGCUUGCCGACAUAGAUAAUGACACGCUAUUGAAAGUUCUCUUAGCUGUGGAGUGGACAGAUACAACCGUUUUCCUUGUUUGGCAGACAUUUCCUUCCUACUAGUCCCAUUUUUUUCUUAAUUUUCCAUAAGUUAGUCCACGUUCCAAUUCUUACAGGCUUUCUCCCUGAUUUCCCUUCCCCGGUAAAUGUGGGACACAGUUGGGAAAGGGGUAUAUUCCCAAACCUCCCACUCCGUCAGUGUUUGCUCAUACACCUCGGGGUCCCACAGGGAAGCAGAUUCCAGCAAAGGCUUUCUCUGGAUCCACAGAGACAGGAGCAAGAGUAAGUGCUCAAGAGACCAGCAGGAGCGUCUCCUCCUGUGUAAGAUUGUUGGGGAACCUCUUGGUUUUGAUGGGCAGCUUACCGGUUCUUCAAGUCCAUGUUCUCAUUUGACACACGAAUGGCUUGUCAUCCACCUGUUCAGGGGACCUUCACCCUCACAUUGAGCCUUACCAAUGAGCAAUGCCACACGCCUGCUUGAUGGCGUUGGGCUUCCCGUCUCCUGGCCUGUGAUUUCCCUCUAUUCCCCUGGAGCUUGGUGUUUAGUUUUCUUUUUCCAUCGCUUGACUCUCUUCCCGGGAAAGCUUGUUUAAAGAGAACCACUAUGGGUGUCUGCAUGCCAUGUUUCUUUCUUCAGAACGUCAGGAAGGGCUUCCGUUUGCGAAUCUCAAGUGGCAACAGCCUACCUUCCUUCCUUGGUUAGAAGCACAGGACUCCGGUCAGUCAGCCGGUGGCUGAGUUUUUCACACUUUAUUCCACUGUAUCGUCCUCAUGCAAGGUCCCCAAAAUGUUACGGCUGAAAGCAAGCACACUCUCAGUGCCCCUUUUCUGGCAUCUUCUCUUCCCUUCUCAGUCUCUCCAGAAUCCAAUCUUCACAACGCAAGUCCUCACCAACCACAGGUUUAUGAAGAGAUGAGCUGAGCAGCGGUUGGGUUCCAUCUAGAAUAUAUUUAAUGUUUGCCUGCCGGUGGAACACAGCAUUUAAAGGGUAUGGAUGGAUGAAUGCUAAAGAAAAUUAUGCACAGGCCCUAUGCGAAAUGAUUGGGUCCAUCUUUGAUUUUUUUUUCAAUGAGGGAUUUUAUGACCUUUUCUUUUUCUUAAUGGUGAACUCUGUUUAGAAAUGUAAUCUUUAUUGUGAAGGGCUCAUAAACUGCAACCAAACUGCAUGUUUGACGUGCAGAAGCUAGGAUACAUAUAUUAAAAGAAUGAACUGCAGGUAAUGGUAGCUGAGAUUCAUGAGACUAUUCUAGAUGAUAUUCUCCAGCAAAACACACAAUAAUCUGUAUUUUAUCUUCUCAUUCUGCUGGAUCAGGGCAAUGUAUAAAAUAAUUAUUCAUCGUCAGUUUUCCAAAACUCGGAGUAGGACCCCGGGACUAAAUAUGUACUCUGGUGUGCCCAAAUUAUAUUUUUCAUGGAUAAGACAUAAGAAGGCACUGUUACUUCUAAUGUAUCUUUUAGUUAUGGAUAGCUUCACUGUCUAAACAGGCUGUCUGCUCAAAACCGAAUGGAAAAGCCAUUUGGCGGGGGUCGGGGGGCGUAAAAUUUGUUCCAGUUUUGCUAAGCCACUUCAUGUUUCAGAGGAAAAAAGGUCUUUGUAUACUUCUUCCAUCCUUUGGAAGAAAUGUUGACUUCAGUUUUUUUGCACCUUAAACUUGGGCUUGUGAAUAAGACUUAACAGAUUGCUUCAGUUAUCGGAAAGCAAUGGGAAUACAAAUCUGGUAUUGAAAAUAGGUAAUAUCCCCCUCCAUUCCCAGUCCCAGAAGAAGAAAUUACUAUGCCAAAGGAUAUGGAGGUACAAAGGGAAUGCUUUCUUCUGUCUCUUUCUGUGUUAAUUCCAAAACCUGCCACAGAAUGGAUGGAGCAACGGAAGUCGUUUCUACUGUAUAAACUCAAACAGGUGUGUCCAUAGUUAAACAGGUCAAUAAAAAAUGCACAUUGGCAUGAGGGGAGGAGUAUUACCCCACCACCAGGUGACGGGCACCCUGCUGCUGGUCAUAAUUCUUUUCUAGGGUUCAUACCUGCUUGGCCUUGUGAACCCUGAUUCCAAGCACGCAGGGGAAGAUAUUCCCCGUGAGUAGGUGCUAGGCAACUCCUUGGGUUGACAGCAACUCCCUCAUCAUACUUUGGGUGUCGCUGCCCCUCCUGCUCCCUCCCCACUCCAGGCUGUCACAGACAGAGACGGCAGCCUCAUUGUGCAAACAUAACACUUUUCAUUCAGAUAAUCUUCUUGAAAAGGACAUUUGUUUGCAGGAGUCCAGGCCAAACUACUAGUAGAAUAGAGCCAUCGAAAGUUAUUAGUAAUGAAUUCAGGGAAAUAGAUGAAAUUUCUCCUGACGUAAUCAGCAUGUACGUUUCACAACAAGUCAAAAAAAUAAUUUUCCAUUUGAGGAAAAAAAACAAACCAUGGUUUGUUUAACCAUUGUUAAAGCACAAAAUCUUGGACUUCACAUGCUCCUUCAACAGAUAGUACUGCUUUAGGGAAAUCAUAGAAAAAACAACCCUUUUAUACCUCCCCAGGGACCUCAGCAUUCUUUCUCAGAUCCCCAAAAACGAGUGCUCUGGGGAGUUCCAUGUGUGUCGUCAUGCUGUGUUUACUUGCCAGUGACUAGUCACAUUCUUCAGUUGCCAUGUUGUUCAUUAUUUAUAACAGGUCCAUAUAGGAGUUGAGCUAGUAUUCAAAUAGUUA